AUGUUUUCUUCCUCGCAGAAGCGCGACGGCGGGGAGCCGGCCUACCCCGACGUCCCGCCAUCCCUCCGGUCCGACUCCUUUGAGAUGAGCGACGUGCCGAAGACACAGCAAGCUCGGGGACAGUCGGAGCCAUCGACGACUCCAUACCUCGGCCUUCCAUCACGCCUCUCACAGAUAUGGAUCAAUCGCUGGACCGUCCUGCUGUUGCUCGUCCUCGUCCGCGUCGUCUUGCUGAUCGCACAGCUCGACGAAAACGUCGGCAAUGCAAAGAUCCAGGCCCUGUCGGCAUGCACCAAAGUCGAGGAUGUAGGGAGUGCCAUGGCCUCGAUGCCUCAUUAUCUGUCCAUGGGCGUCAACGACCUCGCUGCCAGCGGCAUAGAAAAGGCUGUCGAGGCCGUGAUCAAGGGGCUGGACCUCAUCAUGCGUGGCGUCGAGGGUAUCAUCUUCUUCUACAUCAACUUCCUCACUGCUACAUACGUCUGCCUCAUCACUGCCCUGGUCCAUGGUAGUCUCAAGGUUGUCGCGUCCGUCACCGAAGACGCCACAAAGGCUUUUAACAAGAUCAUCGAUGGGGCCGUCGGCGAGAUUGAGGACGUGGCAGGCGGCCUGGAAAAAGCCAUCAACAAGGUGACAAAUGGAAUCGAAAACUCCAUCAUAGGAAACUUUGUUCCAGACAUACCAAAAGUCGACUUCUCCAAGCCGAUUGAGAAGCUCAAGAAAUUCGACCUCAACACCGAUGACUUUGUCAAGGACGUCCGCAAGCUUGACAAAGAUCUUCCCAACUUUGCUCAGGUCCAGAACCUGACCAAGCAAGCGAUAUCGAUGCCCUUUGACCUUGCCCGCAAGGCACUCAACCAAAGCUUUGGUGCAUACAAGUUCAACCGGGACGUGUUUCCGCUGGCAGAGAAGCAAAAGCUCACCUUUUGCUCCGACAAUGACAAACUCGAAGGCUUCUUCCGCAACCUUUUUGAGCUUCUCCAAAAGGCCCGCGUCACCUUUGUCGCCUUGUUAUCGGUCCUGGCAGCGUCAGCCAUGGCCCCGAUGGCGUGGUUCGAGAUUAGGCGGUGGCGGCGGCAGCAGAAGCACGCCGGACUCAUCGCCGGCAAUCAAUAUGACCCCAUGGACGUCGUUUACAUUGCCUCGCGGCCAGUAACAGCCACCUUUGGCAUCAGGAUUGCGUCUCGACUCGAGGGCCGGCGCCAAAUUCUCGUGCGCUGGUGCUUCGCGUACGCCACAUCGGUGCCGGCAAUGUUUGUUUUGUCGUUGGCCAUGGCUGGUUUCUUCUCCUGUCUCUGCCAGCUCAUACUCCUCAAGGCGGUCGAGAAGGAGGUCCCUGCUCUGGCUCACCAGUGGGCUGCCGGCGCCAACGGUGUCGUCAAGGGACUCAACAACGACAUCAACAAAGACAUUCUCGCCUACGUCACAAAUGCAACAGACGCCGUCAACAGCACGAUCAACGUCUUCCUCGACACCAUGCAGGAAGGCCUCGAGACGGUGUUCAAUGGAACCAUCCUCCUCGAGCCGAUCAAGUCGGUGCUACACUGCGUGAUUGGAAUAAAGAUUGAGAGUGUGCAAAAGGGGCUGACGUGGGUGCACGACCACGCGCACGUCGACUUUCCGCUCUUCGAAACCAAGCUGUUUAGCAUGGGAACCGACGAUUCUGAUUCUGGUGACUCGGAUCUCCACGGCUUCUUGGCUUCGCCGUCCUCGACCACGACAGACGAGGUGACGGGCGCCGUGAAACGAGUGACCGACUGGCUCUACAACAGCCUUGUCCAGGAAGCGCUCAUAUCCACGGGCAUUCUCCUCGUCUACUUCAUUGUUGUGCUCUUGGGGGUAAUACGGGCCCUGGCUUGCAUGGCUGUUCCCGAUAAAUCCCGGGGCGAGGGUGGAUCAGGGCCGCCGCACUGGAACAACCGGGACGGUGCUGGAGACUCGGGCGAGAAGAGGUGA